AUGGAACAAAUUGAAAACGAUCAAAUUGUUACUGCGACUGAAAUUGAUUCUACUUCAAAAAGAACAGCAAAACGAGCAGAAUUAAUACAGAGUACUGAAAAAGGAUCAACAUCCGCGAAAAAUCCUGUUUACGUAGAAUGGCAUGGAAUAAAUUAUUCUAUAUCCGAAGAACAUAAAGUAUCAUGGUGGAAUAAAAUUAGAAAUUCAGAUUCUAAAUUAGAAUCCGGUAAACAAGUACGAAAAAUAAUAGAAAAUAUUCAUGGUUGUGCUAAUCCAGGUGAGGUUCUUGCGAUUAUGGGACCUUCUGGUUGCGGUAAAACCACUUUGUUAAAUCUUCUUGGCGAUCGCGUUGGAAAAAAAGGAGUUCAAGGAACUAUAACUCUAAAUGGUCAUAAAAUAACAAAAAAAUCAAAGAGAUUUGUUGCUUAUUGUACUCAAGAUGAUAUCUUUUACCCUCAUUUAACCGUAAAAGAAACCCUCGGUUACACUGCUCGAUUACGUCUUCCACGUGAAUUGUCACGACAUGAUAAAUUAAAACAAGUCGAAAAUACUAUGGCAUUAUUAAAUUUGACGAAAUGUGCCGAUACCAUAAUAGGAGACCAAGCCAUUCGUGGUAUAUCAGGAGGAGAAAGAAAACGAACCAAUAUUGCAUCUGAACUUUUAACAGAUCCAAGUGUCAUUUUACUAGAUGAACCAACAUCUGGUUUGGAUUCUUCAUUGGCUCUUGAGCUUACAAAAAUUCUUAAAGAAUUCGCUGUUAAACAAAAGAAAACCAUCAUUAUGGUUAUCCACCAACCUUCAUCUCAAGUAUUUGAAUCUUUCGAUAAAUUAAUGUUAAUGGCUGAUGGAAAUAUGGUCUAUUUUGGUGAAAGAGCUGGUGUGGUGGAUUACCUUGAUGAUCUAGGAUAUAAAUGUCACUCUAAUUUCAAUCCUGCUGAUUAUAUACUGGAACUUUUGAACGAUAAUACAAUCAAACAAAAAUUAAUAAAUGCAUAUGCGCAUAACAUUCGUGAUGAUCCAACUGGAAAACAAGUAGUCGAAAAGCAUUCUCGUAGAACGCGUACUGAUAAUCAAUUAAGUGAUACCAUAUUAAAUGCACCGGUUACAAGUGAACGUCGUUGGGAAGCUACAUUUUUGCAACAAGUCUCGAUUCUUACCGAAAGAACCUUUAAACAGAGUAGAAAAAUUAUUUUAUCAAGAGUUAAUAUAUUUCAAACCGUUGCUGUGACUGUAGUUUGUAUCAUAGUUUGGCUUAAAAUUCCUUUCGCUGAACCUAACGUAUUUGAUCGUGUUGGAAAUAUUUUCUUCUGUAGUGUAUUUUGGUCAUUCACCGCAAUGAUUGGAUCCGUAGCAUCUUUCCCGACGGAUUUAGUCAUGUUAUCGAAAGAACGUCAAUCACGAUCUUAUCGCUUACUAUCAUAUUACUUAUCCAAACAAUUCGCCGAAUUACCUUUAGUCAUAUUUAAUCCCAUAUUAUAUACUAUCCCAGUAUAUUGGGCAACAAAUUUAUUACCAGAUUUUGGUAGAUUUGUGGCUUAUUUAAUAGUAAUUAUACUUAGUACAUUAACUGCUCAAAGUUUCGGUUAUUUAGCUGGCGCCACUGUAUUGAACGUACAUAAAAGUAUAUCUAUUAGUAUGGUAUUUAUACUUGCAUCUAUGUUAUUAGGUGGAUAUUAUAUAAAAUAUUUACCAUUUGGCUUAUAUUGGUUAAGAUAUAUUUCAUUCGUAAAAUACUCGUAUUCUUUGCUUGUACAAAUUCAAUUUGAUUCACCGAAAGCUCAAUUUAGAUGUGCUAGACCAGGAGAAUUACCUGCCGGACAAUCAAGUAUAUGUGAAACAGGAGAUGUUCCAUUGACAAGUAUUUCCGGUAGUUCUAUAAUAGAGAAUGAAGGAUUAAAUGAUUUACCUUGGUAUAUUAACUUAAUAAUAUUAUUAGGUAUCUGUAUUGUAGGGCGUGUUCUUGCUUAUUAUUCAUUACGUAGAAAUAGUAGGAGAAGUAAAGAAUAAUAAUAAUAAUAAUUAGUAGAAAUAAUAGUAAUAGUAAAUAAUACAAAAAUACUCUAGUAUAAUUGAAUCAUAUAUGUUGUGUCGAUUUGCGUUAAGUAAUAAUUGACGUACGUCAGCGCAUUCGCUUGUAUCGCACAAUCAGCACAAUCAAGUCCUUCCUUUUUUUUCGAAAUAAAAUUAUAUGAUCACAAUUUAUACAUAUUUAUAGAAUUUUCAUACUUAAUUGAUAUUUUGAUAUAUGUGAAAUCAUGUGUAAAAAAAAAAAUUGCAAUAAAUUCAUAGAA